AUGACAGCGAAAGGCAGACAUAAAGCGGUCCCCUUCCCCCUGGCCCACCGGCUCACCAUGAAGGAGGUGUUUGACGAGGAGGGCCGGCCGCGGGUGGACCUCCUCAAAGCGCAUCUGACCAAAGAGGGGCGUCUGGAGGAGGCGGUGGCGCUGCGCAUCAUCGACGAGGGGGCGGCCAUCUUGAGACAGGAGCGCACCAUGUUGGACAUCGAGGCGCCGGUCACAGUGUGUGGGGAUAUCCAUGGACAGUUUUUUGACCUGAUGAAGCUGUUUGAAGUGGGCGGGUCUCCUGCCAACACGCGGUACUUGUUUUUGGGUGACUACGUGGACCGGGGUUACUUCAGCAUCGAGUGCGUGCUCUAUCUAUGGGCUCUGAAAAUCCUCUACCCAAAGACGCUGUUUCUCCUGAGAGGGAACCAUGAAUGUAGACACCUGACGGAAUACUUCACUUUCAAACAAGAAUGUAAGAUCAAGUACUCAGAGCAGGUGUAUGACUCGUGUAUGGAGGCCUUCGACUGCCUACCGCUCGCCGCUCUCAUGAACCAACAGUUCCUGUGCGUCCACGGAGGACUUUCCCCGGAAAUACACACCCUCGACGACAUCAAGAAGUUGGACCGGUUUAAGGAGCCCCCGGCCUUCGGACCCAUGUGCGACCUGCUGUGGGCCGACCCUCUGGAAGACUUUGGGAACGAGAAAACUCAGGAGUAUUUUGGGCACAACACGGUCCGAGGCUGCUCAUACUUCUACAGUUAUCCGGCCGUGUGUGAAUUUCUUCAAACCAACAACCUCCUGUCGAUCAUCAGAGCUCACGAGGCUCAGGACGCAGGAUACCGUAUGUACAGGAAGAGUCAGACGACAGGUUUCCCGUCCCUCAUCACAAUCUUCUCUGCUCCCAACUAUCUAGACGUCUACAACAACAAAGCCGCUGUGUUGAAAUACGAGAACAACGUGAUGAACAUCCGUCAGUUUAAUUGCUCUCCUCACCCGUACUGGCUCCCCAACUUCAUGGACGUCUUCACCUGGUCUCUGCCCUUUGUCGGGGAGAAGGUGACCGAGAUGCUGGUGAACGUCCUCAGUAUUUGCUCGGACGAUGAGCUCGUGAACGACCCAGACGAGAUUUAUGACGCCAGUGCAGCAGCCGCCAGGAAAGAGGUGAUCAAAAACAAGAUUCGAGCGAUCGGGAAAAUGGCCAAGAUGUUCUCAGUCCUACGGGAGGAGAGUGAGAACGUUCUGACCCUCAAAGGUCUAACUCCGACCGGGAUGCUGCCCAGUGGAGUCCUGUCCGGAGGCAAACAGACGCUGCAGAGCGCCACCAUUGAGGCCAUAGAAGCCAUCGAGACAGUGAAGGACGAUGAAGCGAUCCGAGGCUUCUCCCCGCAGCACCGGAUCAGCAGCUUCGAGGAGGCGAAGGGUUUGGACCGAAUCAACGAGCGGAUGCCCCCCCGACGGGACGCGGUCAACUCAGUGGGGUUAUCCAUGGGCAGAAUGAACAUGGGAGAGCCCAACGGAACAGACAACAACAGCAAUAUAUGA